CCUUUCUCUCCUUUCUCUUCAUCCUUCCAAGUUUUUUACCAUGAUGACUAGAAAUCGACUCUGUGCCGAAAAGGCGUAGGAGGUUCGAUGCGCGCAAUGAAAUGACCUGUCCUGUACAAGGACUAACGGGGACAUCCAAAGCCCUGGCGUGCGGAUCAAAAUCACCAAGAUGGAUCGGACUCGCUGCUUCUCGACCGGAACAGUGUCGAAACCCGGAGCGAUCUGGGUCUCUUCUCUCGUCCUGGUCAAGGGGUGGUGGGGACGUUUUCCAUCUUUCAAGAUCCUUCGUGCCGCUCGCUGGGGUGUCUCCGGGGCUUGACAUCGAGACGAUCGGGCGUGCUCUUAUCUUGUUAACCCAAAAAGGAUCGCUCACUCUCACCAGUCUGACCUAUAAAGACUUUGGAAAAGGAUCAACCGCCAUAUCGACCGGGUUUCAUUUUCGUAUCUUCUUUCCCCUUACUUCCUCCACCCGUUCGCAUGUGAUCGCGAUUCCAUUGUACCUUUCGCUUCGUCAGCUAUCAAGCUAUCAAUCUAUGUCUUGGUUAAACGAUAUCCAUGCCCGCUUCUCGCCUCGGUCUAUCGUGUUUGUCACCUUCGUGCUAGUCAUGCUCUCGGAUGAACUCGUCAUCUUCCGAGGUCGCCCGAAGCUAGUCCCGUCGAUCGGCGGCAGGGAAAAGUGUGAAAGAGAGACUGGACCUCAUGACCUGUACAGAAAGAUCGGGCCUAGUCAUUCGCAGCUUUCGCAGAUCUCUCGGCCGUUCCAUACCUCGAAUCAGUUCGCACUCUGCGAACAAAGUAUUUGCCGAUCGGAUCGAGAUCUCAAGAUCGACGAGGACAGCCUAGGAACUAGGAGCUUGCCGGAGCAGCACAUUCAUAAUAUCAAGGCUGAGCUUCGACAAACAUACCGGACCGACCUACCUGCUGCCAUAUAACAGUAUCUGACCAAGUACAAGGUCAAAUCGUAUCAAUAGAAGCAUCAUGGCCAAACGAGAAAACAAGGCUUACCAGCAUCUCGCCUCGGGAGGGCUCUCCGGUCUAGCCUCUGCGAUCGCCCUUCAACCGCUCGAUCUGAUCAAGACUAGGCUACAACAGGGAGUGGAUGUCAAGGCAGGAGGUCAUGCUAGUGGAAUCAAGGGAAAGGGGCGGUGAGUUGAUGGCGUGACGAGGUUAUUGCGUCGACGUCUAGCUGAAACGGGAGGGGGAUCUGGGAUGAUAGAGAGAUCAUACCGACAGUACGGCUGGUGGUACAGGAAGAAGGUUGGAGAGGGCUCUGGAAGGGAACAGUCCCGACAUUAGCAAGAAACGUA